CGCACUGCGCAAGUGCGCAGGCGUUCUGUGAGGGACAGCCAUGGCGGCGGUGCAGGAAAGUGUGAGCAGUCAGUGGCUGCCGGACAUGGACUUUAUCAGGCAGGAGCUGGAACGGCAGGACCCCACUGUGCUGUCCGUGGUGGCGGCGCUCGUGGUUGUGCUGCUCAGCCUGGUGAUCUGGAGGUUGCUGCGGGGAAGUCAGAGCAGCAGGAGAGCCGUUCUACUCGUGGGCCUGUGUGACUCUGGUAAAACCCUCCUCUUCAUCCGGCUUCUAACUGGAAAAUUCAGUAAAACGCAGAUGUCCAUUUCUCCCAAUACUGGAAUUUACAGAGGAAAGAACGACAAGCGUUCUACUUUCACCUUGGUUGACAUUCCUGGCCAUGAAAGUUUAAGGCUUCAGUUCUUGGACCAGUACAGGACAUCAAUCAGGGCUAUGAUUUUUGUGGUGGACAGCUCAGCUUUCCAGCGAGAGGUAAAGGAGGUGGCAGAAUUCCUCUACCAAAUUCUGACAGAUGCGUCAUUGCUGCGUAAUGUUCCCUCUAUACUGGUUGUCUGCAACAAACAAGAUGUAUCCAUGGCCAAGUCAGCUAAACUGAUACAGCAGCAACUGGAAAAGGAAUUGAAUACUCUUCGUGUCACCCAGUCAGCUGCUCCUAGCACCCUGGAAGGCAGCAGUUCACCAACAACCACACAACUGGGGAAAAAGGGUAAAGAAUUUGAAUUCUCCCAACUUCCCUUGAAGAUAGAAUUCGUAGAGUGCAGCACCAGAGACGGCAAGGAAGAGGAAGGGGAUGCUAAUCUUGGCAAUGUGGAAGGAUGGUUGGCAAAGUUGGCAUGAGGGGAAAAAACGUCUACGGACUGGACACCUGAAUAUGGUGGCGACUAGCAGAACGUGAUUAGAUGUUACGUUCACAUGUCGCUGUGAAAAGUAUAUCCUAUAGACAGAAGAAAAUAUGUAAAAUAUAGAGGAACAGCAGAUCCCGCCUGAUAAAUCCAAGAAGGGUUUCCAUUGUCUCAUGAGAGCCUGCCCGAAAUAUUAUAGAUAAAGUAUUAUAUAAUGUCUGCUGCCUAGUGUCUUGUGGAAGCCACUGAGCAGCUUCGAUGUGUCUAUUGAUGAUGUGUAUGAAUGAUAUAUUUUUUAAGCUGAA